UGGACAGCCGCUUUAUUUCCGAGCGCUUCGAGUUCAGCGGAGUUCGGAGUGUUGCCAAUUGUCAAUAGUGUCGUGGGAGUCGUGAGACUCGUGAGAGUGUUGUGCGGGUUGUGCCGAAGAUCCAUCGCAUUGCGAGCGAUUGCGAGCGAGAUCGAAUCGAAUUUUGCUUGAUUUUGAUAUUCCGCUGAUACGUUUUUCCACACGGCGUCAAGAUGAUGAUGGACUAUUUUGUGACGAACAAUUCCUUGGCACCCGCACCCAUGGGGAUACAAAGCACGGCGGGUGCGGUGCCUGUGAAGAACGAUAAAGGAGAAUUGUCUAUGAAGAAGGUGAAGGUACAUCGUUACGUUUCCGGUAAGCGGCCGGAUUAUGCAGCGGUAAGUUCGGAUGAGGAAUCGGAAGACGAGGAUUUUCUUGACAAGCGCGUGCACAAGGGUUACGACGAUGGCGAGAUUGUCACGGACGUCACCUCGCACUCGCACACGAGGAGUAGGGAUGAGGACGAUCCGCGUCUGCGGAGAUUAACGCGGCAGCAGAAGGAGGCGCAGGCCGAGGUGCGCACAGAGAGACACAGGCACAUUCACGAGCCCGAGCUGAUCGAGAUCGAGCUGGAGAGAACGCGGGAGAGGAUCAAGUUAGAGAGCUCCGACUCAUCCGAGGAUGAGGAGCUGUCGGAUUCUGAGAUAGAGAAACGACGGGAGGCCCUGAAGCAGCGAGUGUUGUCCAAGAAGGAAACGGAGGAGGAGCUGAUACAGGGCGAGGAGGAGGACAAAUCGGGCGAGAGCUCGGAGGAGAGCUCGGAGUACGAGGAGUACACGGACUCCGAGGAGGAGACCGGACCGCGAUUGAAGCCCGUGUUCGUACGCAAGAAGGACAGAAUCACGGUGAUGGAGAAGGAGAAGGAGGCGAUGCGGCAGAAGCAGGCGGAGGUCGAGGCCAAGAAAGCGGCCGAGGAGCGAAAGAGGCAAACUCUGAGGCUGGUGGAGGAGACGGUGCGGAAGGAGACGCAGAUGGGCAAUAAGGGCAGUAAUGCGGAGCAAGAGAGCAAGCUGAACGACGUUUGCACGGACGACGAGAACGACGAGGUGGAGUACGAGGCUUGGAAGCUGCGCGAGCUGAAGAGAAUCAAACGUGAUCGCGAGGAGAGGGAGCAGCUUGAGAAGGAGCGUCUGGAGAUCGAGCGUAUUCGUAACAUGACCGAGGAAGAGCGAAGGCAGGAGGCGCGGCUGAAUCCCAAGACGAUUACCAAUAAGGCGGCCAAGGGAAAGUACAAGUUCCUGCAGAAAUACUAUCACCGUGGCGCGUUCUACUUGGACAAGGACGAUUCUAUAUUCAAGCGCGACUUCUCCGGCGCGACUUUGGAGGACCACUUCGACAAGACGAUUCUACCGAAGGUUAUGCAGGUGAAGAACUUCGGGCGCAGCGGCAGAACUAAAUACACUCACUUGGUGGAUCAGGACACGACGCAGUUCGAUUCUCCGUGGAUAUCGGAGACAGCUCAAAAUCUCAAAUUUCACAACAAUCAAGCGGCGGGGAUGAAGCAAGUCUUUGACCGACCCUCCUUGAAAAAGAGGAAAGCUGAAAAUUAGACGGUACAAUUACUGUGUAUUGCACUUUCUCUUAUCUUUUUAUUCUUUUUUAUUCCCUUUUUUUAAAUGUAGCAAUUACAUGAAUUGUAACAUGAAAAUAUUUAUAAAUAUAGAUCUUUCAGCAUCACUUGAAAAAUACCUAACUAUAGGAAAGACAUGAUAUGAGACCAUUAACGCAAUUAAAACUUAUUAUAUCACAUUGUUAGCUUGCUCUAUAGAUAUAAUCAAAAUGCAAUAAUAAAUUAUAUAAAACAUUUUUAUAUAUCGAGCGUGUAACUUUUGUCGUGGAAGAAAUACAUCUUUUUUUUUAUUA